GUGCGUGUGUGCGCGCCCGUGUGAAAGGAAAGGAGGCUGGAAACGGAGCCGCAGGGCCAGCGGGGGAGGGGGACGCCGCCGGCCCGCGCGCCCGCCCCCUCCCCACUUCCCGUCCCUCCCGGCGCUCGCGCCCCGGCGCUGGCCUCGGGCGCACAGAGCCGCCCGCCGCCGCGGAGCUGGAGGAUCCGGCGGGACACAUGCGGGCCGGGGGACCCCAGGGCGCCCCGGCGGGUGGCGGCGGGGGCCACCGCGCAGGCAGCCAGGAUUGCCUGCCCCCUGCGGUGCCUUUUCGGAGGAGGCGGCUGGCACGGAGGCCGGGCUACAUGAGAAGCGAAGCUGGGCCCCAGAUCGGGUUCCUCUCCCCUGCCAUAGGCACGCCGUCCUGGGCGCAGGGGCAGGACAGCAGUGAGCAGUCCCACCACUCCGAGGCCAGGGCCGGAGGGCGUGGCCUUGACCCUGCAGGCCAGCGGCAAGACCCUGUUCCCAGGGGCACAGCAGCCUCGGCUCUGACCUGUGUGGGUCACCUGACCUUGGUGGCAGGGACCUCAGCGUGCUUUGGGGUUCAGUGCAGAGCUGCCACCAAACUGCCGCACAGGCUGACAAGGUUGUGUGGCCCUGGGGAUGCUGGGUGUCACGGGGAGCUCCCGCCCAUGGACAGUUCCGAGGCCCCGGGCCCUCUCCGGGAUGCAGCCUGUGGUGACGGAGCAAGGUGCACCUGGACAAAAGGUUGUCUGGCCCCAGAGGAGGUGAGUGGCACCAGCUGCAACCUUGGAAGUGGCCCCAAGGCACCCUCCGCUCCUGCCGACUCUCAGGCGGCCUUCACCUCCAGCUUUAGCUUCAUCCAGCUCUCAAUGAGAUCUGCUGGGGAACGUGGAGAAGCAGAAGGCUGCCCCCCAUCCAGAGAGUCCGAGGACAUGGGAGCCAAGGCUGCCGGCUUGGACAGGCCCCGCGAGGACCCUCGACUUCUUUCUCCCCGCUUCAGUCUCAAGGCUGCUCAGGGCCUGGCAGACUCUGCCCAGACCGCAGAGGGCAGCCCCAGGCUGGAGUGGGAGACGCUUUCCAUGUGGGACCCAGACGCUGCCUCCUCCUGCUUCCCGGACCCCUCGUGGUUCGAGGGGGCUCCUCUCCGCUGGGACACGCUGCUCAGGAAGUGUGAGCCCGUGCUGCUGGACUGCCUGCAGACCAACCGAAGGCAGCUGGAGGUGAACUGCUUACGGUUAAAGCUUCAGAAACGCCAAGAAAACGCGGUUGAGGACGAGGAUUAUGACGAGGCGGAGACAAUAAAACAAAGGUUGGAAGACCUGGAGAAAGAGCAGAGCAGCCUGCACUUCCAGCUUCCGUCCAGGCAGCCGGCCCUCAGUGGCCUCCUGGAGCACCUGCAGGCACAGGCGGAGGCCGCCCUGCUCGGGGCCGCCCAGCAGGCUGGCGGUGACGACACCCAAGCCCCGCUCAGAUUGGAGCCAAAGACGUUGGAACCCAGUGCUCAGGACAACCUGUGUGUGUCCAUCAGCAGAUGGGACUGGCUUCUUCAGGAGAAGCAGCAAUUGCAGAAAGAAAUUGAAGCCCUCCAAGCGAGAAUGUCUGUGCUGGAAGCAAAAGAUCAACAGCUGAGAAGGGAAAUAGAAGCACGAGAGCGUGUCCUUCCGUGGCAGAGCUGUGACCUGGCUGCCCUGCUGGGCAGGCUGUCCCUGGACGAGCUUCAGGAGGUCAGCAAGGCCCUGCACGACACCCUGGCCUUCGCCAGCCAGAUCCCCCUCCAUGCAGGACCACCUGAAGCCAUCAGGAGCCUCCAGGAAAGGAUGAAGCCCCUCCAUUUGUCACUUAAAGAAAUCACCGCGAAGGUGUGUGUGACCAAGAGACUCUGCAGUACUCUGAGGAAGAAAGUUAACGAAAUUGAAACCCAACUACCGCCAUUGCUUGAAGCCAAAAUGGCUGCCAUAUCAGGAAACCAUUUCUGUACGGCCAAGGAGCUCACAGAGGAGAUCAGAUCUUUAACAUCCGAGCGGGAAGGGCUGGAGGGACUCCUGAACAAGCUGGUGGCGCUGAGUUCCAGGAAUGUCAAAAAGCUGAGAAGUGUUAACGAAGAUUACAACAGGCUGAGAAGGGAACUGGACCAUGGGAAAGCGGCCUACGAAACCGGUGUGAAGGAGAAUGCUUCGAAGUACACGGAGGUGCUGGAGGACAAGCUGCGCAGCUGCAAGUGUCCAUUGCUUGGAAAAGUGUGGGAAGCUGACUUGGAAGCUUGUCGGUUGCUUAUUCAGAGCCUGCAGCUCCAGGAGGCGAGGGGCAGCUGGUCUGCAGAAGAGGAGAGGCAGACGGAUGACUUCGGGGAAGCUGCUUGUACAGUCUCUCCGGUCAUCUCCCCCUGGCCCCACUCUGAAGACGAGACGAAGACCCCUCUGCAGGCAUUCGAAGAAUGGAAGGCUCAUCUAGAUCCCUCUCCUCACUGCACCGGCAGCGAACAGGAAUCUUACAUGCUUUCUGCAGAACUUGGAGAAAAAUGUGACGCCAUAGGCAAGAAGUUGUUAUACUUGGAAGAUCAACUUCACACAGCGAUCCGCAGUCACGAUGACGACCUCAUCCAGUCUCUCAAGAGAGAGCUCCAGAUGGUGAAGGAAACUCUGCAGGCCAUGAUCCUGCAGCUCCAGCCAGCGAAGGAGGCGGGAGAAGGAGAGGCGGUGGCUUCUUGUGUGACAGCUGGUGUCCGGGAAGCAGAGACCUGAGGCGUGACAGAAUGGGGGAAGGAGGGAAUUGUAAUGCUCCUGCCUUCAUGAGGAUCUGUGGACACAAGACAAUUUCUGUCAUUUUCAGAAGUCGUGCUGUCAUUUCUGGAAGGCAGCUGGUGCUUUGCUAAACCUUCCGUGGUGGGCAGCACGUCUGUCCUCAGUGAAGGAGAUGCCCUUGGAGCCAUCGGUUGGCCAGGGUCCAGGAAACAAAGCAAAAGCUCAACAUGUGAAUUCGCUGAUUGUGUUUCCUACAGUUUUUUCUUGAGCAUUUUAAAAAAUAUUCUACACAUUUUAAUAAGUGAAAUUGAUUUUUUGCAAGAAUUCUUGGUUUUCCAAUGAUGGGCCAAAUUCCUGAAUUGUUUAUAAUUACAUCUAAAAAUUAUGUACCAGUCACAUGGCAGUUGGAAUCCUUGAAUUAAUUCCAGUGAAACAAAACUCGGGGAGAGUCAGGAUUCACCGUAUUGCCAGUAACAAAUCCUUAUUUUGGCAUGCCUUGUUAAAAAGUCCCCAGACAAGACAUCUUAACAGUCACUAACUCAAGUGUUUUGCAUUACUUAGAAACCAUCAUGAUUUAUUUGAAAAUUUUGGACGCUAAUGACCACUCUAUGCAUGUCCCAAAUAAGGGUUCUCCAGUACUCCCAGUGGGCAGUGCAUUCUUUUCCUUGAGACGCUGACCACAUUUAAGUAUUGGGGCAGGUGAAUGAUGCUUUAAUCCUUUGCUGUAACUCAUCCCUCAUCUAUGCUGGUCUCAGUCAGCCGGAAGCCAGCUAACGGCCUGGGUGUUUCCUGUGGCUACAGAGCCUUCUCAGGACAAGGCCCCUCUCUUCAGCCACUGUGACCCUGGAAGAUGCAGGAUCAUGUAUCCCAACUCAGUUUUUGUCAGGGCAACAUAAAAAGAAAUUAGUGCUUGAAUUUAAAAGCAACAAGAAAACAAUAAUAAGAACUGAAAGUGAUGACCUAGAGUCUGAUUUCACUGUGACGUGGUGAGAGAAUAAAGAUUAUAUCCCACUGCCCACUGGCUGAAAUGCUGGCAUUCCAUCAGCCGCCCGUUUAUCUUCCACCAGCCUAAAUUAGGGCUUGUUCUCAGUCAGAACAUCCCUAUUUCCUUCCAACUUCCUGAAAUUUCAAGAUCAAAAUGACCCUUUUCCAAACCACUAGCAUGUAAGACUGGAAACGUUUCUUCCUCGGCAGUGAGGCUGGUUUCCCCACCCCAGGAACGUUCAAUGGCUCACCGACAUGCACCGGGACUGUCCUAAGACCUUACAAUCAUUGUCUCCUUUAAUUCCCAUGUCAGCCACAGGAGGUAGAUGUGUCAAUGAUGAAACUGAGCCUUAGGAGACCAGUGAGAUUUCCCCAGGACACAGAGCUGGUUGGUGGGGGAGUGAGAGUAACAGAGACACGUGGGCCGCUAUGAACUGCUGCUCUUCCUAAAGCGCCUUCCGAGUCUUUCUGGAACUGUGAGCAGGGAACUUGUUUGUUCACUUAAGAAUUCAUGGUCACCUUGGGAGCCCUGCCUGGAGAGUCAGAGAAACUGAGCCCGGGAACCGCAGCUUCCCACCCCCCAGGGAGCCCCACUUCUCUACAGACGAGAAGUCUAGGCUCACACAGGAGUCAGCAAAACUACCCACCCAUCACCGUCCCAACCAACCAUUCAGUCCCCAUCCACUGCAAAAGCCAUGCCAGGAACAACCACGGACUGACUGACACUGGACAUGUUUUCUUGAAAAUCCCCAUCCAAUUGGUGUUUUUAAGAAGCGUUCGAGAAAGCAACGUGCACUCAUUAGUCAAUGCCUUCUUGUAUAAGCGAUGUAAUACUUUUAUUUUUAAUAUCCUCACCUGACCUAAUCUUUUUUGUCAUGUAAUUUAUUGCUUCAUGAAGUUGAUUUUUUGUUACAUGAAAUUAAAACUAAUAUCCAAGUCAUGGUGCACCUUUAACUUUUUUUUGUCCUCUGGAAUGUGGAUGACAGAAGAAAAUUUAUCAAGUUUAUUCAUGUCAUCUUUUUGUUACAGGAUGAUUAAUUGUACAGUCACUUACAUCACACAAAACAUUUCUAAUAAAGCAAUGCUUUAAAAUGAUGUAUGUGUUUACUUUCAGAUAUUAACUAAUCAGAAAACAAUGGAAUUUUCUAUUCAAGGUUAUGAAAUCUAAGGACAACCAAUCACGAAGGGCCAACUAGGCUUUAAGCCAUAACCAAUCAGUCAUUUCCUUGCUUUCCAUCCAUCUUUUCUCUGUAAAAGUCUCUCUCCAGCUCCUGUCAGGAAUGAUCCUAACUACUUCCGGUUUGAC